CUGGCUUUGAAUGACAAAAACACUCGAACAAUUCUUAUCAAACAUUUACAACAUUCAGAAUAGAAUAAAAACUUCAGUUUGACAUUUGCAGCAGAAGAUUAUCAUUACAACGAGUACGAAAAAAAAAUGAAGAAGCAUUAACAUUGUCAGUGCUAAUUUUAGUAAAUAAGUUAGUGUCAAUUUCAAUUAGGAGCUGUAAUUCUUUGAAGUUGAAAGACGGUCAAUUACAUUUCAAUCUGAAACGAGUACCAAGCGAGCGUGCGCGCACGAAAUGAAGAAAAAAAAGCGUCAUCAAAAAUGUAUAAUACUUUGUCGGAGCACAAAAGGUUGCGGCGAGACGUGUUUUUUUUUCCGUCGGUUCCUUUUUGUAUUUCACAUUUAUUCCUUUUUAAUAAUGACAUUUAUUGAUUGAAUAAUUUACGAAUAAAUUAUGAGUUUACGUCUAAAUUAGGCUUAAUCCCUGAUAGCCCAACUGCAAUAAAUGUGAGCGAUGUCAUUUCUCGGCAGGCAGUUGAUUUACGAUAAUUAAGGCAGUAAGAACGUUCUUGCCUCGUCGAACCGACCAAAUAUCGUCAUCAUCAUCAUCAUGGAUAUCAUGAGAUUUUGUUACAAAUUUAUGUUUUUGAUAGGUGUUUGUGCACCGAUUAACCACAACAAAUGGAAAAUUCUCGGUGGUGUGGCACGAAGUACGAUUGUACUAACGGCGAUGACUGUGUGUGUAUUUCAGCCGUGUAUUCGAUACUUUUUGCGCCAUUUAUCAAAUCUGGUGGAGGCUACUGGCGUUGGUUUAAUGGUCAGCAUCGGAUUUUUUGCCACAGUGAGUUUAAUUAGCUUUUCGUUGCAACAGACCCAAGUUCACGAUACGUUGCUUCGAUUUCAAUCAUCGGUUAAAAAAUAUGCCUCGAAUUCCCAAUCGAGGAUUAUAUUUGCAAAUGCCGAGCGCCAAAGUGAUUGGUAUACGAAGCGUAUAACAAGCUCAUUGCUUGGUUUUGUUUGUACAAUGAUUUUGACGGCAUCGAUAACAAUUUCAACCGUUUUAUCGGCAAAGGGUAUCGGCCCUGAGGGCUGGAUGGUGCCAUACAAAGCAAUAUUUACAAUCGAGCAGUCUACAUUCGGGCGAUAUUGUAUCAUUUUAGCAUUGGAAAUGGUUGGCGGCUUUUCCAUUCUGACGUGCGUCACAUCGAUUGCUUCGUUUUUUGUAUCGAUGUGCAUUUAUUUGAUUGCUUUUGUACGGAGCUAUGAAAUUCUUCUCGCUAGCAUCAAUCAAAUGGCAUUGCAAACAUACGUAAAUCGGAUCGAUUUCACGGGAAAAUUCACGCAACUCAUUGAGUUACACGUCGAAAUUUAUGUAAUGGCCGAAAAACUGAUAAAAUUGGUGCGAGCGGUUAUCCUUUCAACACUUUAUGGGUCGGUCAUAUUUUUUGCCACGUCCAUUUUUCAAUGUGAAAUGCUUGGCUAUGAGAAGCUGAAUGCCGAGUUCUUUGUAUCGAUCAGUGGCCUUUGGAUGUCGGUCGUUGGCAUGUAUGUGUACAGUUAUUUUGCAACGAAAACAACGAGCGAAAUUCAGGCGAUUGGUGAAAAAAUGUACGAGACUCAAUGGCAUCGUUAUCCGUCUGAAUUUCGAAUGUUUGUUCAACUGACAAUCAGCCGAUCACAUCGUCCACUCCAUUUCCAUGGCUUUGGUUUGAUUAACUGCGACAUGGUCACCUUUUCAAAGCUGGUGAAUUCAGCCGUUUCGUACUAUCUCAUGUUCAGGCGCAUGGGAUAAUCGAGAUGGCUUGUGCAAACAAUACACACACCGAUUACGCCUUUGUUUAUACUAUCAUGGGAUUCGACGGGGACGAUUUCAGCAAUAAACAACACAAGUGUGCACUUGAGUUUAAAUCUCAAAAAGCUUUUACUCGUCUUCAUUAAAUAUUUGAAAGCAAAAGUUUGUCGUGUUUUGUCCUCCAAGUAGCAGCAGCAUAGCAGAUAAAGGAAUGUGACGAAUCAAAAGAAAGAGGAUUCAGGUUUUGUCAUGUCUUGCGUUUCUUUUUCUUUACGAUGUUGUCUUGAACAUCGUCAAUGCUUAAUUUGACAGACUGUUUCACUCUUUGCAACAUAAUUCAGUGCAGUUGUCUAUUCGACAGCACUAAACUAUGCGAGCACUUUUCUUUCAGACGAGAAACACGAAUUGAGGGGAGAGAAAAAAGGAAGAGUAAAAAUGUUUCAAGGACAAAAUAAAUGUUUAGUUUAAUGUUGCACGCAGAUUUAAACCUUAU